CUUGAACAGGUGUCAGGCUUUCUAGCUCAAGUUUCAGGCAUAUCAGAGGUGUUAGCUCGAGACCAGAUGAAAGUGGCGUUCUUUGGCCGUACCAGUAAUGGUAAAAGUACUGCAGUGAAUGCUAUGCUACAAGACAAGAUAUUACCAAUGGGUAUUGGCCACACUACAAACUGUUUCUUGAGUGUUCAUGGUUCAGAUUUACCUGAUGCUUACAUUUUAACACCAGAGAGUAAUGAUAAGAGGAAUGUUAAGGUAUGUCAUCAAGGAGGGGGACACUGGAGAUACAUCUGCCCACUACAGUAAAAAUGCGUGACUAAGAACCUGUAAUGUAGCCUAAAUGGGUUCUUACAUAAACGGUAAUUAGCACAAAUAUAGGCUAUUUACAUGUGGGUUCUUAGAUAGAUUCUUAUUUUCUGAAAGAAAAAAUAUAGUAUCAUAGUAGUUUAGUAAAAUCUAACUAGGUGUGUAUUAUCAAUGCUACGUUCUGAUUGGUUGAGCUAUUACUAGGCUAUAUAUUAUAGCCCACUAGUAGGGCAAAGUGCCGGCUUUUUGGCAGCAGAAAAGGCUUAAGUCUAGCUUUAACUAGCUAAAGUUGUUUUGUCUUGAUAUUUUUGACCAACUAGUUGGAUUUUACUAAAACAAUUAUUCCUUUUGCCCUCAUGGCCUCUGAGUAAAUAGCCCAUUUGGCCUUCGGCCUCAUGGGCUAUUGACUCAGAGCCGAUUCAGGCUCGAGGAAUAAUUGUUAUUGUGGUAUUCAGGUUAUUCCUUAAAUAGAAUCUGCACAUCAGUACAUUGCAGUUGGAGUGAUAAGGCACCUAUGUUGCCAAUAGAUCCUGGAGGUUGAUUUAUCUUAUUUGCACAAGAUUUUAGAAAAGAACCCGUUUCAAAUUUUAGGCUGAAUAGGUUCAUGUAUAGAGGGAGGCUUAAUGGUCAAUCUACCCUAACAGGUUCUUAAAAACCAGGUUCUUAGUCACAAAUUUUUCUGUAACCCACUACUCUGACCUUUCUGAGGAAAUAUGUAACCCUCGAGAAAACUUCUUAGGAGAUGGGUUAGGGUUCAUCUGGAGAAAACUGUGUACACAUACCUCUGGAAAAUUUAUAGCUAAUGUUUUGAAUUACAUUAAACUGCUAGACAUUAAUAGGCUCUUAAUUAGUUAGAGUCAAAAGCUGUGAUAUUUUUUUUUAAAUCUAAAAUUACUUCUCAAGUUCAUGAGUUAUGUCUUUAUUUUAUAAACGUCAUUUCCAAGCAAAGAGUAUGUUACAGGUCAAAAGUGAUUUCAGGUGAAAGUUUUUCAACCUAGGGUGACUCUCAAUUUUCUUUGUCUCCUAGAGCUUCAGUGGUAGGGGACAAAGGAAAUUGAAAAUCAACCUACAGCUGAAGGUUAAUUCAAAAUGAAUCUGAAAUCAAAUUUUACCUGUAAUUUGACCUGCUUGUUUAAACAAGUAACUGCCUAGACAGGUCAGACCCAUCAGGGCGAAGGUCUAUGAGUUCAAUACUGUGAAUAUGUUGUUGCCUCUUAACAGUCUUUAUCUCAACUGGCUCAUGCCUUGUGUGAUGAAAAACUGGAACACAGUAGCCUUGUUCAAGUGUUCUGGCCAAAAUCAAGGUUUGUUGGUAAUAAAGUGUACAUAGAUUGUACUUGACAUACUGUCCACACUACAGGUAUAAUAAUAUUGUGGCCAAAUGUUUUCCUUGGUUUGUCAUGUUAUUGUUUUUUUUGUGUGUGUGUCUUUUAUUUAUUUAUUGUCUUUUAUUAAUGUAGUUGUACCAAUACAACUUUCAGAUGUAAAAUGUUGUCCGAAGAUGUUGUGCUGGUUGACAGGUGAGAAUUUAAAAGCUGAGGAAAAAAACAUUUUAUUAACAUUCAUUGUUAUUUUAAUAAUAUAAGAAAAAAGUCAAACGUUGUUGUCAGGAACUUACAGUGUACUUACUUCAUAUCUGCUUUGUCCUGGCUGGAACGAACAGUGCAAUCAUAUCCUGCCAGCCACUGAACUUUGUCCCAUGCUUUAUUCACAGACUCUAACUUUAUGAUAGCUUAAAAUUUCUGUGGCAAUAAAUAAUAAGUAAAUAAUACCAAACUCAAUAAUAUUCACUGUGUGCAAUAAAAAACCUUUGAAUAAUUUCUGUUCUUUAGUAUACAUUGUACCAUGUUCUAUGUUAUCUCCAUUAUUAAUGUUAUUUUUUUUAUCUUAAGAGAAGAAGCUGGUUAAUGUCAUCACUUCAUUUACUGUGCCUUUCACCAUCUUUUAAAACCAGAAAUAGCUUAUAUGCCACACUUAGAAACAUGACUGGUUUUUCUAGCUCCAAUAAAAACGUAAACAGUAAUAAACUCUGCUUGCCUUUUAGUCCUGGAAUUGAUGUCAGCCCUGAUCUAGACCUGUGGAUUGAUAAGCACUGUCUGGAUGCGGAUGUGUUUGUGCUGGUUGCUAAUGCUGAGUCCACUCUCAUGGUUACCGUAAGUUUGAACAGAAUACACUUAUUAGGUUACAAAUCAGAUGCACACAGUGAUUACAGGUCUUAGUAUUUCCACCCCAACUUGCUGUUAUCCUGAGAACUUCAAAUAUGUAGAUACGUCUAUAAUUAUUUUAUAAUUUUAUGUUCUUCAAAUCAGUGGGUCUUUUUAGAAGUGGGUGGGGGGACCAGGGCACCUCGACACUCCCAUCUGCUGCGAGACUGCAUUACGACUUUUUCUUGUUACGAUACACAGGGCUGUCACUGAGAGCUGGGGGCGGGGGAUUUCCCGUGGCUGUUAUGAGUGUGGCCCCAGGCUACUUUUCCUGGAAAAUAGAAGAAAAAUAGAAUCAAAAGAAAUCCCUAGCUGUUUGAUUCCCUGCCAAUUCUUUAUACCUGGCAACUUGAAAUCAUAGUGGCAUCCCUGCCAUACACCUUUUGCUAGACAACCAGGAAGUAACUUUUCACCCACACGAUAAUAUUGAUCAUUAAUUUUAUUUUAUUAUGGGUUGAUUGAUUGAUUUUUUUUAAUGCAUCUUGCUUUAUCUCGGAUCUGUUAAAUAUUAUUAUCUGAGACAAAGGCACAAGAAUGUCGUGAAAUAUUAUUUUCAAACCAAAGAGAAAUUUUAACUGCAACAUACUACAGUAUCAAUAGUUAGAUCUAUUUGCCCAAUAAUACCUAAUUUUUUGCCCAAGAACAUUUGAUAGAUAGAUGGAUAGAUAGAUAGUUGAUUCACCUUAACAACUUGAAGGAGAAGGCUCCUGAAUUACAACAAGGUUUACAAAACAAUUAAAGAAAGGUGUUCAUAAAUUGCCAUCUUAAGAACUAUUUUAGAAUUACAAUGUACUUUAGUCAAACUCUUUGCAAGUGCCCCUCUCUGCACAGAACCAGAGUCAUAUCUUUUGCUUAUUGUUUUGUAGGAAAAGAAUUUCUUUCACAAAGUCAAUCAACGGCUGUCACGUCCAAACAUCUUCAUCCUUAACAACAGAUGGGAUGCAUCGGCAUCGGAACCAGACACAAUGGAACUGGUCAGUAUCAUUAGUAAAGGACACUUUACAUAAGACUGAGCACUUUAAGCAGUCUCCCCUCAUGUUUCCUUCAAAAUGCAACCCUCCUACAUUGUAGGUAAAAUAAUUUAGUGGCUAGUUGGCAGCCAUCUCUUUGGGUUGCAGCCAAGAGAAUCAGAUCAUAUUUCAGUAGAACUGAUUAAUUUUUUUGUUUCUUUACGAACCAAUAAUUCUCUCGGGUUACCAACUUAUUGACUAUUAAUUUUUCAAAUCAAGUUGGCGCUACCAACAUUUUAGUUGCCAUGGUGACUAAGAUUUUUGCAACUUACGGUGUUGCAAAAAAUGUUUGAAAAACAAAUAUCUGUACAUCUCUCCCCAGCUGAGGAUUUUUUUGUUUUGAACUCUCUCUCCUCCCUGGAAAUUUCAGUUCAGGUUUAUACAUCCCUUUUAAAAUUUUGGCCUUUAAGACCCUCCUCCCCCUUGGAGUUUUCAGUGAUCCCUCUUGGGGUUGAUAGUAGAGAGCUUAAGCAACAACAAUGGUGACGGCUACGAAAACGUCACUUAAAAAGUGAAUUCGCACUGCUUCAAACUUUAUCGCACUUAUUCCAUCUCAUUUACUUCAUCAAAUGUUGGCAAAUGUUUUUGGGGUUGAAUUCUAAAGGACUGUAUCAAACUUCAGGAAAGGAAAAAGAAAGUUGUUGUCUUGUGUUCCCAUCUUUGACAAAAAGUAAAUUGAGGCACUUUCACAUUGUAGUCGUGCAACAAAAGCAAAGGAAUUUACAAAAAAAGUGGCAAAUUGUUGUUUUGCUAAUCUAAACCCAUUGCUUUUUGGUGUUCUUGUUGCUGUCGCCGUCAGUAUUGCUUAAGCUCCCUAAUGUUCUGUCACUAUGAUGCCAUUUUUGCGCAAAGUUUUGUAAAUUUAACCGUAAUUUUGUCACUGUACAUGUAUCCUUUUUGUUCCCUUUGAUGUAGGUGAAAAAUCAACAUCUUGAAAGGAACAUUAGUUUCUUGGUUGAUGAGCUGAAGUGUGUUGACAGAGCUCAGGCUGAGGAUAGGGUGUUCUUUGUCUCUGCCAAAGAGGUACCAGUAGCACAAAAUAUUAAUUCGAUGAAUAUGCCAUUGUUAUUGAUGUUGACAUGAAAACAACUCUGCAAAAUUAUUACUAGGACAGGUUUCAAGUAACAUGGAAUACCAUACAAAAGUGGGUAUUGUGCUAAAUAAGAGAUCCCCCCCCCCCAAAAAAGAAAGAAACAGGCAAAAAAUUAAAAUGGUUGUCUGGGUGAAGUUCAAAGCCAAAUGAAAAAAACUCUGUUAGUUUGAUAAUAUCAGCGGGCAGGCUUUUGGCAGUCACUGAUUGUCCUUGGCCAAUAGCUCUACCUGUUCACAUCACAUAUAGUGAGGCCGAUGCAUUUUACAGAUUUUUUUCUUUUGUUGUAGACAUUGAUGACAAGAAUGCAGAAACAUCAAGGAAUGCCCCAAGGAGGUACGCAUAAUCAAUAAUAUUCACUUGAAAUGUAGCUGUGUGUCAGUGUGAUUUUCAAGGGAUUAACAGUAGAGGUUUUGGGCGCCGAGCUGUUGCUCUUACUUGAGGUUGACAGCCUUGUUCAAUAUUACAGUAUAGCAAGUAUUUUGUGUGAGUGCUUGGUCCUAGGUUUGCAUGUUUGCCACUGAAUGCAAUAAUUGUUAAAUUAGCCUGGGACCAGGCUCCACAGUGGGGGAAAAAGGGAAAAAAUAGGGUCAAAUAGAAAAAAUAUAGGCGACUGAAGUGAGCCAAGCGGUGGACCCCACCCUUUCUCCUCCCCAGACUACCUCUCAGCUGGCUUCGCUUGCCAAUUCUUUUUUUUUCGCCCACGUGAUUUUUUUCUCCUUUUUCUCCCAAUGUGGGGCCUGGUUCCAGGCUAGCUCUUAAUGAAAUGAAGUAAAACAGGUUUGUAAGCUUCAGGCACUCUGCUGCACAUGUAUGCUGCUUGAACAGUAACAAGCAAAUAUUAUCCUUGUAUAUAUUAUCUGCUAAAAUGUAAAUAAGGCAUUAUGUCUUUGUAAGACUCCAUUGACUAUUUUCGAAUCCCCCAUAAUACACUCUGUCUGCCCCCCAAAUUUUGCAUAACUUAUUGUCUUAAAAUGCUCUUGGGAAAAUGCAAUACUCCCAGGAGCAUUUAAAAACAAUGGUUUAUGCAAAAUUUGGGGGGCAAACAGAGUGUAUUAUGGGGAAUUCGAAAAUAGAGAAUAGAUUCACAUGUAAAAUGUUUUACUUGUAGGAGGUGCUAUACAUGUUGAAGGAUUCCCUGCAAGACAACUUGAGUUUGAAAACUUUGAGCGCAAGUUUGAGGUAAAAUGUUGUGACUUUAACAGUAUCGUCAAAUGACAAAUUUGCAAAUGACAAAAUUCAUAGUAUACUUUUGCGGAAGGGUUUUUAUCAUGGAAUAGAGGUCUGUGAUUUGAACCAAUUGAUCCAGAAAAAAUAAUGUUUUUUUUAUCUGGUUGAGAAGGACAUGAAGCUGUCUAGUUUUCCAUCACGUAGAACCAAUGAAUGGUAUUGUUGUAUUACCAAAAGGGGAAAUGUAAUUAUACAACAAUGCUUGACUUUAAAACACUGAGAGCCUGUUUACAAGGAAAGAGGGUAACCCUUGCACAAGGGUUACCCCAGCAAGCACGUUAACGUUAGCUCUACCCUUGGUACCUGAGGUUGUUUCUUGUGUGUGGUGAUUGAGUGUGGCGGAGAUACUUCAGGGUUGUCCACAGGCCAACACAUCUGUGAAUAACUGACUAAAACUGCAAACCUUGCAUGAAAAGUCUCUGGCAUUAGGGUGCGAUAGCUCUGGUCUAUGUUGCAAGGGUAACUCUUACGCCGUGGUUACCCUCCCUCCUUGUAAACACGUCCUAAGAUUUAAUUUUUCUACUACCUCACAGGAGUGUAUUUCCAAAUCAGCCAUCCAAACCAAGUUUGAAUCUCAUGCUGUCAGUGGACUCAAGGUUGCUCAAACAGUAAAGGUGAUCAUGGAGCAAAUUGUUGGUUGCGCUUUCCAGCAGAGGUUAGCUACCUUUUAUCUCUUGGGGUUGUUCUUUUGCAAUAAUUACAGUUGAACCUCCAUUAAGUGGGCAUAUAUCAAGAGGCAACCCUCUAUUAAGCGGCCGGUAACCAAAGUCCAGGAAUAAUUGUAGGAAAAAAUGGGAAAUUCAACCUCUAUUAACCCUUGGGCAUACAAGGCGGAGUUGGGGGGGAGGGAGGUGAUUGCCACCCCCUAAGGUUUUUCUGAUUGUUUCCCUAGAAGAUAAAACAUUCAGCACCUGAAGUUUUCUGUGGGUGUUUGUUUACCCCUUGUGUCAGGAGCCUAAGCUCCUGCUUGCAUGCAUUCUGAGACAAGUUUAGUGAUGGUCAGUCACUAUGAUUACGAUAGUAGCAGGUGGUCAAGCCCUUUCUGAGUGAAAAUGCAUGUUUUUUCAACUUUUUUCAACAACAAAAGUAAAAAAUCAUUUCGAAAUAUUUACUGCAACAUAUCAAAGCCUCAAGGGGGGUCCAUCAACUCCCCCCCCCCCGCACCACAGUGGGGGUAUGACUGACUUUAAGCGUACAUCCUAGGGUUAAGCGGCCGCGGCUACCUUUUGGCCAUCCCAAUGAGAGUUCUCACACUUUUGUCACCUCUGUGAAGCAGCUAUCAAGUGCUUGAUAUUUUUAGUUUGGCUUCAUUUCAAGAAUUUGAUGAAAGAAAAUACUGUUCGAGAUGGGAGCUGACGUUUGUGGACCAGUAAUACUUCUCCUGUCGUUCGUUUGUUUCGCAAUAAAGUGAUGUUUCUGCUAAUGAUUAUGCUAAUAUAUGGUAAACCCAUAUUAAGUGGCCAACCUCCAUUGAGCAACCAUUCGCAGGUACCCGGAGGGGGGCUGUUUAAUGGCGAUUCAACGGUAUUUUCAUAAGACCCAGUUCACAAAGGACUUGUGAUUACAGAACUCCCUUGUAGUCCUUUAUUCCACAACGAUGAAUUAAGCAACUAUAGCUGUCUGUAAUUAACACAAUGUGUUUGUCAGUUCAUUGUUUCUUAGGGCCUGUUUACAUGGAGGUGGGAGACCCUAGGUAGGUGAGGUAACAUGUGACGGGUCACCCCACCUAUCAUGUAAACGUGAUCAAAUCAAAAUGAGAGAUUAUAUGGACAGGCGGGUUACCCCACCUAAGCGGGUUACCUCACCUACCUGGGGUCCCCCACCUCCAUGUAAACAGGCCCGAAGAUGAUUACCUCCACCAAUUAAUUCUACAUUUGCAAACUCAUAAGUAUGUUAUUCACUUUUGGUGACCUCGUUGUUAGGGAUUGCUAAAUCCUGUUUGAGGUUUCCCCCUGUUUUUUAAAUACAUUAGUUCCUUGUAGUUUUUUCGUAACUGAAAAGUUAUUAAAGUUAAAGUUAAAAUAUAAUGUUUUACUACCCAGCAUCUGCUCCCAGUAUUAUAAUCCUGAUAUGACCCAAGAUCACCAGGUGUAAAUUAAGAGUCUUUUUAUUGCACAGAACAAGACUUGAAAAAGCCAAGAAAGAGCAAGAGGAUCGCCUGGAAUAUAUCAAGGAGCAGUUAGAGAUGUACAGUCACGAUGCCAAGAGGCACAUCAAGGAAAUCACCACCAAAGUGGAAGGACAGGUGAACUAUAAUGUAACUUUGAAUUUGGAAGCUUGAGCAGAGGCGUUUUUUGAGCGAAGCACGUCACGUGGAAAUGGCGCUCCUUCCCCGACGUUUGCGAAACGUCUUGUGGACGAAACGGCGAUGAAUAGAUCAGUCUACAGAGCUGCUGCCGGGUAUAACCAAGUGUUUAUAGAGGCACAUUAAUCCUUGAACUGUUUGUAAAUAAAAGGCUCACGUGUACAGUUGUAUGAAUAAACUUUCAGUGUAUAACAUACAUAUUAGUAUAAAAUAUCUAACUUAUAUCCGUUGCCAUAACUGUAGGUAACAGAGGCUAUGACGGAAGAGAUUGGGCGAUUAGGAUUGCUUGUGAAUGAGUUUGAUCAUCCUUUUCACCCUCAUCCUGGCUUUCUUAAAACUUACAAAAAGGUUCGUUGUGUGGUUUAA